AUGGCGCCACAAAUGCAGGGCGUGCCAGCCCAAACCCUCUACAUGACGCCUCGCACCGGCUCGCCCGUACCGGGGCGGCCCGUGGGGGCCCCCGGGGCCCAGGUCAUCCACACAAUGCCUGCGACUCGAUCUGGCGGGCUGCAGCUUGGCAACGUCGGAGCAGCCGCCACGCCGGCCAUCGCGGCAGCUGUCGCCAAUCUCAUCAGCAACGCCAGCCUGCGGAACCCGUCGCCGGUGGCAGCGGCAUCAACGUCGCCCGCAGCAGCCGCGUCGCCAGAGAAGCCCGCAGAGGAGGAGGGAGCGGAGGAAGGGGGCCAGGAGGACACCCUGAUGACCAGGCUUUCACAGGUCUACAACGAUCGCACGACCGGGCUCGCCGGAUGUCCCAUGUCAGCCGCGGCCAUAGCCAGGAUGUAG